AUGGGUCUGCAUUCUUGAGCAAAGCUUGAGGAGAAAUUAUUACGAAUGGAAGUUGAUCGUAAAGAGUCUGAUGAAACACAAUGCCCCUUUCAUGCCUUCCUGAAAUUAAAGACCAGACGAUAAUUAUUAAGGCGAAAACAUGCAACGAAUCGUCCCAAGGAGAAGACAUACAGAAUGAGGGGAGAGGACUGACUUGAGAAGCUUGCUUUUCAAGGUUCCGUUCUUGUCCAGUCACACUCUGCUUUAGCUGACUCCGGCCACAAUGUUUCAGACACUCCUGAUGUACAGUAUGUGAGGACAUUUGACCACUUGUUUACCUGAACCCUUUGUGACAAACUGUUUAUCAGAGAAUUACUCCAGACCUCCCCCUCCCCCCUUCCCGCAUCCUGCUUCCUGUCCCUUCCUGUCCCCUGUCUCCUCUCAGGUGUUGGGCCAUGCUCCGAAAGAGAAGCUCCGUUAUAGUUUGUAGCGCUUUUCUGUUUAUUACCUGGAAUGCUAUACUCAUCUUUGUCCUGUGGGGGCGCCCUCCCUCCGAACAGGAGGCGGGCGGUGGGCGUGGAAACAUCGCCAAGGACAUGAUUCGUAUGAUCAGUGCUUUUGAAACGGAGCUUGAGGCACAGAGGAAAAUCCUUCUACAGAUAAAGAGCCAUAGGUCUCUGUGGUCGCAGCAGAAUGACGGGGGACUGAACGGCCAAUCAGAAGCCGAGGACCCCUCCCAAGCCGUCAUUCCCGUGCUGGUCAUCGCCUGCAACCGUGUGACGGUGAAACGUUGUCUGGACAAAUUAAUUGAGUACCGCCCAUCUGCCGAACUCUUUCCAAUCGUAGUGAGUCAGGACUGUGGGCAUACAGACACAGCUAAUGUCAUUAGUUCCUAUGGCGACCAGGUGACCCACAUUAAGCAGCCUGACCUCUCCGAUAUCUCCGUGAGACCGGACCAUAAGAAGUUUCAGGGUUACUACAAAAUCUCCAGACACUACCGCUGGGCUCUCAACCAGAUCUUCCACUCUUUCUCCUACUCAUCUGUAAUCAUUGUGGAGGAUGAUUUGGAGGUGGCACCUGAUUUCUUUGAGUACUUCAGAGCACUCUAUCCAGUUCUGAAGUCCGACCCGACCCUGUGGUGUGUGUCGGCCUGGAACGAUAACGGUCGUGAGGGAUACGUAGACCCGGGGAAAGCCAGCGUUCUGUACAGGACAGACUUUUUCCCAGGACUGGGGUGGAUGCUGCUGAAAGAUCUGUGGGACGAGCUUGAGCCAAAAUGGCCGGCCUCGUUCUGGGAUGACUGGAUGCGUCAACCCGAUCAGCGAAAAGACAGAUCUUGCAUACGGCCGGAAAUAUCCAGGACUUUAACGUUUGGCCGCCGAGGCGUGAGCCUUGGCCAGUUUUACGAUAAAUACUUACGCUUUAUCAGACUCAACUCAGAAUAUGUGCCUUUUACCAAACUGGACCUGUCUUACUUGGAGCAGACAAAAUACAAUGACAUGUUUGAGAAGGAAGUUUAUGGUGCUCCUUUGGUGAGGGCAGAGGAGCUAACGGGAGGAAAACUGACUGGACCUGGUCCGUUUCGUGUGCAGUAUUCCAGUCCGGACAGUUUUAAAACACUGGCCCGUAACCUGGGCGUGAUGGAUGACCUGAAGUCAGGGGUGCCACGUGCAGGUUACAGAGGCGUGGUUAGUUUCCUGUCACGCGGAAAGAGAAUUUUUAUAGCGCCACCUGUCGGUUGGACAAAGUAUGACCCCAGCUGGAGCUGAGG